CCUUACAGCAGGCAUGAUAGACAUGGAACAAUACGUGUAAACCGGGACGGACUCUGUUUUUUUUUUUUUUGUCUGGUUUGUGGAUAGGACGUCUGAAGGGACCUUGUGAACAAUGUGAGGAUUAUAUCUCUGAUUACUGGAUCUUUAUUUGAAGUUUAACAACUGGAGAUUUUCUCUCACCUGUGGAUAUGUGGCCACUGAGUGCUGUGAUUUUUUUACUCUGUUGUUCCGGUUUUUGGUGUCAUGGGUGUAAUCUGACGAAGCCGUAUUUUCAGUCCAGUAAUUUCUACAAUGUUCUCCGAUGGGAUGAUGUAGAGAUUCCAGGUCAACUUGAUCUCUACAGUGUCCAAUACCACAUUUACGGAGAAGCGUAUAAACCGGUGACAUGGUGUCAGAACAUCUCUGUUUCUCUAUGUGACCUCACGAAUGUGACAACUGAUGUGGAAUCUAGAUAUUUUGCAAAGAUUACGGCCAGUGGACAGUGUCUGGGCGAGGUUGAAUUCUCUCCGCUUAAGCAAACCACUUUGGAAGCACCACAGUUGUCAGUGUUGAGGAACAACACCUCCCUGACAGUGAAGGUUACACCGCCGAUGGGUCCUGACAAUCGCCCCAUUGAGAUGAUCAGCUGCUGGGGAACCUGCAAAGAUUUAGGAACACAGUCCAUUAAGUACAAAGUUCAUCUGACGCAUCCUAAGUCUGUAGCUGGAAUGGUAUUUGAGGGCACGUCUGACUCAGUGGUUAUAUGGCUUGUAGAAAUGGACACGCAAUAUUGUGGUGAUGUUGUAUAUUCACUCUCACUUCCCUUUUCAUCUCGACAGAGUGAGAAAGCCUCCUUUUGUGUGACUGUCUCAGCACGUCAAUCAUGGUUUCUCAUAUUUCUAUUUCCUGGUCUGAUGGCUCUUCUCCUGCUGAUUAUCAUUCCCAUAGUGCUCUACCAGCAGUCUGUGAAAAGAAUGUGUUCCUUGCCAAAAGCGUUGAUACUGCCAAAGACCAAUACUCUUCCACUUUGGGACAAUUCCACCUGGGACGACAUAUCCAAAGUUCAGGUGUGGUCGGGAUUUAGUGACAUCUGCCAAAAAAAGCUUUCACAGGUCUCUUUUGCCCAGGAGCGGUACAAGGUAAUUGGAUAUGCAUCUCAAGUCUCCCAUGACUCUGCGGGCAGUCAACAGGGAACCGCAGGCGACGGCUCCGAGCCUUCUAUCAACUACAGCAUGGCCGUGGGUUGUCCAGAUGUCCAGAUCUCAGAUGAUCCAUCAACUGAUGACAGGACUGAUGAGACCAGCUCAGAAUUAUCUGGACUACAGUCGGUUUGGGUCGAAGAGACCAAUGUUCCUAUGGACCAAGAGCUUGCAGACUCUGAUAUUAACAGCAAACCUUUGGUGGUGCCGGUUAUAACUGGUUCCAAUGGUGCAUUGCAGCUUCAUGAAUUUUUCUUCCAGAGUUCUCCAUUACUAGCUCUUGACUCAGAGACUUUACGUGGAGAAAGGACACCUUUACUAACGGAUCUACUAAUAGAGGGCUCAAGGUGUAAUGUUGCUUACCUGCCUGUACAUGUUUCAAAUAUCUCCGAUGGCCUUUCCCUGAGUUUCUCACGUGAGACGUCAAACUACAGGGAGAACUGCCUGCCAGGUAUGCCUUUGGAGAGACAACAAGACCAGAGGACGUAUAUUUUAAAGACUGAUCACGCUCAGGUCUCGACUGUACAGGAAGAGGAGGAGAACAUCGCAGAUGGAGAAGAAUCAAGAGUUGGUUUGAGCUUUCUGGACAGAUGGAUGCUGCAAAUGCAAGGAUGAUCUUUGUCUUAACUCAAAAUUGGGGAGUUCCUCUAAACUGAGAAUUGCUGGUCACCAGCAUAAGGUGUCGUUUGGAUCCUGGUUUCCAGCAUGGGAUGCUGGGCUGCUGGUGUCACCAACGUGGCUUCUUAACUAGCUAAAUCAGCAAGACCUCCCUUGGUCAGAAAGGCCGUGCUGGUUGGCCAGCACCAAACUAGCACUAACCAGCCAGGGCUGCGUUUCCCAAAAGCAUUGCAAGCUUAAGUUUACGAUGCUUCUGGGAAAUGCAACCCUGGACUAGCAUGGAAAUUCACGCUGGUCUAACCUCAUCAUUUGAGCAGGGAAUGUUCUAUGAAAUGCAGUCCUUCAAUGUGUCCUGGAUCAGGGAUUUAGACUUGUCCUUUCCAAAAGACUAGUUCAACUGAAUGUUGUAUUGAAAGGAUGAAACAAACUUGAAUCCUUCUGUAUCUUUGAUUUCUUUUUCUUUCUUUUUCAAUUGAAUGGAUGCUGGUAACUGUCCAUGUUAUCCUAGAUGUAUAUAAAUAGCCAAUUUAAUUUGUUAUUCUGCUGCAAUCUGGUCUCAAAAAAUCACGUUACUAUAACUACAUUUUGCAUAAUGAGUUUUACGUUUUAUUGCUGCAGUUUUCUGGUGAAAAAGGUGCAGUGAGGUGCAACAACAUCGAGUUUUAUUCACUUUCACUCAAAUCAUGGGUAAAACGCCACUUUAUAAACAAGUAUUUUUCGCUCUGUUCCCUACACAAUACUAUCUUUUGACAUCAAAACACUUUUAUGAUUAUGCAUGAUUAUCAAUACAAGCACAAGUGUCGACACGUGAGCCGAAAGUCACAUAAGCCACACGAAAUUACGUUGUUGCGUUUUUUUUAUCUCACAUUUGUUUUUAUGGCACUUUCGGUUAAGUUUAAGUGUGGGGUUUUGGGCAGGGAUGUCGGUUUGCUUUUUAUGACAUUAUCAGUUGAUAAGUCGGUUAAAGGUUUAGGGUAGGGAGGUACUGUAGGUUUUGUUGAUUUAAAACUCCAUAGAGCAUUAAUCAAAACUGAUCUUUUGGGAGAACAUUUAGCAAGCUUUUAGCACCCCUCGGUGGACAUUUCACCUCGGAACUGCAGUAAAACAUGUAAUGAAACACAAAAUAUCAUUUUGCAAAAAUGCCGCCACAGUCACGUCAUUUUCAUUAGAUCAGGCUGUUAUAUUGUCUGUGCACUUUGACUGAAACUAAGCUGUAGCAUUGCAUUGUUCACGGGUGUUAGCCUGCUGUUUCAAUUUUUAUUUAAACAUAUUUGAAGAUUACAUUUAAUUCAUGAGUUAUAAUUAAUGAAAUUUCAUUAUGUUGUCUUAACAAAUCCAACAUGCUGUUAUUCGACAGACUUGGUUUAAGAUUCUCAAAAAUGUAUGACAGUUACUCGUUCUAAAGCUACAUCCACCAAACUUGGCACAGACCUUCAGACUGUUCUGACUCGGGUUGCUAUGACUUUUCUAACUGAUCUGAAUUAUAGUUUUCACGCAGCAGAUGAUCCAAAAUCCAGAUGGAAUGUUCAAACGGGCCAAGACUAUACAAACUCCAACUUUCAAAAAAAUUUAAAAACCCACCCAAAGCCUAAACUCUCUCUCUCUCUCUCUCUCUCUCUCUAUCUCUCUCUCUCUCUCUCUCUCUCUCUCUCUCUCUCUCUCAUUAGUAUUCUUAUUAUAAUUCCUGUAGCUCUAAAUUGCCCAAUAAUUCAAGAUCUCCUUGGUAAAAAGUUUUGAAAUUUGGCACAUUGAUACUACAGGCCACAUGUAACUACCCCACCAAAAAUGGCCCACGUGAGCCUAUAGGUGAUGCUACAGGCCACGCCCCAAUUUGUCAAUUUUCAAAGUGAUGCCAUUUCCUCCCCAUAAGUCCAACAUUUCUGAAACCUGGUAUAUAUGCUUCAUUUCUCAUGAGGAACAAAAAAGCCUCUAGAACCCAUAAAGUCCGCCAUGAUGGAUUUUCCUGUACAAUACAAAUUUGUCCAAAAUUACAAAAAUCUACUCCUCCUGAACCAUAGCUCCAAUUGACUUGAAACUUGGUGUGUAUGUGUAGGAUACAUGUCUUUCAAUUUGAUAUUUAGCAAAAAUGAAUACAAUACAAAAUGUCUGAAAGGUGCGCAUUUAUGUAAAUGUCCACACUGUCUCAAUAUCCAUAUGUCCAAAAAAUCUAAUGCCAUUUUGACUAAUGUUUUUUCCAACCUAACAGGCUUCAAGAUGACAUCACUCUGAAGUACUGUGCAAACUUUCACCUUGAUAUGUCAAAAGAUGACAGAAUUACAGUUUACUAUUAUUUAUCACUAACGCUACAAUAAUGCUUUACAAAUCCGCUAGUCAUAAAACCAAUACUUUGAUUCAGUCACCAGUUCAUAUGAAGACUCUUGCAAUGUUUAAUAACAAAUUAAUGAAAUGUUGUGUACAUGUGUGAAGUACAUGUCUCUACCAUGUCAGUUUUUACAUAAUUUGCAGUUUUGAGGAGGAACACGGAUUACAAGAGUAACUUCAAAUAUUUAUUUCUUUUUUAUACAAUUAUGACUUCAAUGUAACAGUAACAUUAAUGGGUUUGAACAGUACUUGUACAUUAUAUUUAAUUUACAUCUCAAAAUAACCAUACAAAGAUUUCAGGCUCGAGAGGUGUGUUGUUAAGAACUCAUAAUAGACAUGAGCGCAUACCGUAAUGCCGGUCAUGAAUUUGCAUAUCAGACAAAAGAUUCUCAUGUUUCUUUGACUUGGUGUGGUAGACUUUAAGGGGAUUUUACAGUCUAUCUAUGAGGAAGUCCUGAAGUACAUUUGGUACUGCAUCACUGGUCUCAUAAUAAUAGAAAAAGCUCUUUGUUAUGGGAAAAACAAACAUAGCAUUGCAAAACUAUGUUAUUGAGGUUAUUCACAUAUGUAUUGGAACAUUGGCGUGAGGCACCUGUAAUUUGCUGUACAUGCUCACUGUGUUCUGAGGAAUAUAUGCAAGAAAAUCAGAUAAAGCAACACUAGAAAAAAACCUAAUGAGCUAAUCGUACCACAGUUUUAACCAGGGACUAAUAAUAAUUUUUUCGGUUCGUUCUGAGCAAAAACAGUAUUUUUUCGUUCUGGUUUUUAGUCCCUGGUUUUAACAGAUGGUUCAGCACUCAAACAUGUCGACUUGUGCUCAUUGUGUAAUUAUUAAAUAACUCUCACAUGUGUCCUACCCUAUUGCUAAUCACACUCUUUAUUUCAUGGUAAGACAAAAGUCUAGUUGUGUUGAUGCAAAGAAUUGAUUUGACAAAUCAAGUGGCUUCCUUAAACGAACUGUGUAAUUUCUGUAGCACCAGAUUUUCAGUGAUUUUCAAACAGGUUUCCUGAACAAUCCCACUUCUGCCAUUGGUCAAACAAACAGAUAGUCCUGCACGAAACUCACACAGUUGGUUGAGCCAAUGUUACUGUGUCAGGCAGGUCAAGUCAUUUAAACAAGCAGAGCAAUAUUUUGAUAGCACAACAGUGUUUUCAGGGAAACUGGCCUGAAAAUGAUUUACUUAGUUGACUCUACAUAAUAGGCUGGGAUAGGAGUAUUUUUUUAAAUACAGUACUCUUAAUGUCUUUUUUUUUUUUACUUUUACUUGUUGUUACAUUGGUGUUGUACUGCAAGUUUUACGGCUUAGCCCAUAUGUCGAUUGCCCUUUUAAAAGACUGUUUCACAGUGUAGAUCUUGUUCACAAAACAGCACAGAGAGCAAACAACGCAAAAGCCAAAGUCAUUUUCUUUCCCUUGACAGCAGUUGACAGCAGUUGACAGCACCAUUAAUAAAUGAGAAGAUAAUUGUGUAAAGGUGCCAAGGUAGUCGCUGAUAAUUGCUUGGUGACAUGAAUGCUAUGAAAACAUAUCCAGGUCACACUGAUUUAAUCUUAGAACGGAAAAAUAAGAAUUGACCUUAGGAAAAUGAAGCCCUUUUUAUAAUUUCUUGCAUUGUGAUGUUAUUGUUGUUUUGUUUCGCGUUGCAGUAAUCAGUGGAAUUGUGCAGGAAAAUGUGCUUAAUUGUCAUGCAAUUUAUAUGCUAUAAAGUUUACAUUUUAGUCUAAAAAAAAAUUCAUUUUCUUUAAGCAAAACUAAAUAUUUUAUUUCUUUAUUUUGAUUUUUGGGGUGAAAUAUAACCUGGACAUGUUCUGGACAGCUUUCUUGAGAUUCGUCCAUAAACCAUAAAGUCAAUAGAAGAAUAGAGUGAUUUUUUUCUGUUAAAUAUCUACAAAAGUCAUACUUACUAUAUUCAUUUGAAAGUUGCAAUAAAGUAAGUCAUAUAUUUCUCAUCAGUUCAUUAAACUUCGGUGUCUCAUAUGAUGAGGAAUAAUUCAUUUUAGAUCUACUUCUGUCCCAGUGCUGGAAUAUAAUUUGGUACUAGAUUUCCAUUCGGAAUAAAAAAGGAGUACAUGCAUUAGAUGUAAUAAAUUUGGUCUUUUACGGCUCAUUAUAAAGUUGGUGCUCGGCUUAAGGGAGGGGAACUUGUUAAUGGAGCUGUUGCCUUGAGAUGAUAUUUGAAAGUGAAAUUAGAGUCCCAACAGAACGGCCUUUAACUCUGUCUGUCUCAUUCUGUGAUUAAUGAGCAGUAAUCGAAUAAUCAGAUGUAUCAUUCCAUGUUCCUCAUAAUAUUUUGUUAUUGUCAGUCAACACUAAUAAUGAUUAGCUGAUUAUAUAUAUGAUUGGUAGUUAUGAUAU